AGUGUUCGCCCAGGGCGCCAAACGGGCUAGGACCGCCACUGUCAGGGAGAGGUUAUGUUGUGCAGUGUGAGGAGUUAGCAGAGUAGAAGGUUAAGGUCCCUGGAUCAGCAAGUCUACACAACUAUCACGUUUCUUGAUAACAACAUAAAAAUUCAGCAACUGUGGAAUUGAACAGUCUCACUAUAUUUUCUUUUUAAUGCAGUUUAAUGCAAUUUUUAAGAUUUUUUAAAAUUUUGCUGUUACACUUCUGCUGAUCACAUACUGGACAGAAAAAUCCACAUAAAGUCAGUACCUGUGGGGCAGGAGGGCUGAUGGGGAGUAGAUCUAAUAAGAAAACCAUUUAAGAACCCUUUAAAAUGACCUGAUCAUGUUUGUUUCAGUGACAUGUGUAGGCCAACUCAAUGUGUCUGAGCCACAGAUGUCAGGCAUGAACUCUGGAGGUCAGAACCGCCCACCAAAGGGUCCUUUGAUGGAUUUGCAGUUUGAAAAUUGCAGAGGACACAGGCAUAAUUUUCAUACUGUUCACUGUUAUUAAGAAUGAGUCACAUCAUAAGACAGAUUGUCUAAACUGUUAAUUUAUCCAAACUAGUGUUCUGAAGUAUCAUUAGGUUUAUCCAUCAUCUGCCAUACUACAUCAAAGUAAGGUAGUCAAGCAAAGGAGCCAGGGUGACAUGUAAAGACUAAAAAUAUGCAGAAAAAUGAGACAUAUUGUUGAAAGUGCACUCAUUACUCAGACAUCUUGAAAUGGUUAUCAUGUUUAGGGAAUGUCAUGGUAAUUUCUGGGCUUUGUUAUGAACUGUUCUCUUUUAAAAGUGGAACGAUUGUACAGCAUGCAUCUUUAAUGACUUAAAAAACAAUAAUUGAGUGCACAAGUUUGUAUUUAUUUUGGAGUUACACAGACUCCCACUAAUAUUGAUUAAAUGUCUAUUAGCAGCGUGCACCUUGACCAGAUGCUUUUUACAAUCAUAAACAAGCUUUGGCAUAAUUCUGGCUGGACAUGUGACCACUCUUCACAGCAGAAGAGUUGGUUGGUUUCCUGACAUUGAACUGGCCUUUAAACACAGAACACAGAUUUUCAAUAGGAUUAAGAUCUGGAAGUUCAUUCCAGACACGUAAUGGGCCAUUUCUCAACUACUGCGGAGUACAGGAUCUUCAGUUUAAGCAAUUGCAUGGAGCAGGGGCAUCUCUCUGACCUGUGUACUGACCCCCUGUCGGGUAAUUGGAGUGUGUGUAACGCUGAUGACCUUGGGAGCCAUUGGAGCAGCCGUUUGGGCCGUAGUUACAUAUUGCACAAUGGAGGAAGACAUAGAACAGUAUGAUGUUCAGGUAAAUUCACCUGACCAGCAUCUCAGAGUCUUCGACUCCACUCACAGGAGGUGGCGUCAGGUGUGUUCCUCCCCAGUUGAUGAACUGCUAGCUAGCAUCAGCUGUGAAGAAGUGGGAUUUGUCAGCGUGGUGAAUUACUCAGUCACAGCCGUGUCAGAGGCCAGCAGCGAUGCUGGAGACUUCUUCUGCGUCAGACAGGAAGAGCUCAGCUAUGGCAAGAAAAUCAAAGACUCAUUGUAUCCAUGUGACUGUGAAAGCCGGGAAGUUCUCACACUGUUGUGCCAAGACUGCGGCAGACGUAGUUUUGCGGCAGACCGUAUAGUGGGUGGUGUGGACGCCAGGCACGGCAGCUGGCCUUGGCAAGUCAGUUUGCAGUACGAUGGUGUUCAUCAGUGUGGAGGAUCCAUUAUCUCAGACCGCUGGAUUGUUUCUGCAGCUCAUUGCUUCCCAGAGCGGUAUCGCUUUGUUAAUCGCUGGCGUGUGCUGUUGGGCUCCAUCUACAAUAAACCUGUCAAUGCCAACGUAGCGGAGGUUAAGACCAUUGUUUACCACAGCAGCUACCUGCCCUUUGUAGAUGCUAACAUUGACGACAACAGCAGAGACAUCGCUGUCCUGGCCCUCACUCAGCCUCUCACUUUCAAUGAAUACAUCCAGCCUGUUUGCCUACCUGCAUAUGGCCAAAGGCUGAUAGAUGGACAGAUGGGAACAGUGACAGGCUGGGGAAAUGUAGGGUACUAUGGCCAUCUAGCAGAUGUUCUACAGGAAGCCAAUGUCCCCAUCAUCAGUGACGCCGUCUGCAAUGCUCCUGACUACUACGACAACCAGAUCACUACUAGUAUGUUCUGUGCUGGCUAUGAGAAAGGAGGCACUGAUGCCUGUCAGGGAGAUAGUGGUGGACCCUUUGUGGCUGAAGACUGCUUGUCCAAGACCACUCGAUAUCGUCUGCUAGGAGUAGUGAGCUGGGGAACUGGCUGUGCCAUGUCCAAGAAACCUGGUGUCUACACAAGAGUGUCCCGAUUUCUGCCCUGGAUAUCCUCAGCCAUGAGGAACUAUCAAAACUCACCCGGUGUUCAUAAAAUGGCACGGACAUGAGAUUCCUGCUUUCAUGUUUCUGCUUUUUCCACUCUUGGAUGACAAAAUGGACAGUCCCCAUAAGUGAUACUGUGACUACAUAGGUGCUACGACAGGGGGAAACAAGGCUGUGAUGUUCCCCUCUCGUCAAGCCUUCCAUUCUCACUGAAGCAUUUUUCUGAGGAUUUUAACAACUCUCUGAGCCUUUACUGUAGAGUGAAAAGUCUGGACACACAUGAAGGUGUGACACAGUCACACCUUCAUACCGUACAUAUUAUCAAAUGUUAACAGAGGCUUAUGUCUUUGCAGGGAUACACAGACAGAGCCCAGACAUGAGGAUCUCAAGUGAUGAGCUUACUGAUUCACUGCAGUAAUCAGAACCACUACAGUUUGUAAACUACAUUAUUUUUCUGACACCAUUUUCUUUGCAUUUCUGUGGAAAAAAAAAAGUUACCAGAAGUAAACCUAUAAAUACAACAUCAGUUAAUUGCGUACUUAUAAGGUCUGUUUGAAGAAUUCAUGAUGUAAUUUCAAGCCUCAUUUUAUGAAAUUCUUCUUUAUGUGGAGAUUUUAUUUGUUCGCCCCACACAAGUCACUUUCUUCAGUGUUGGUCUUCCUGCAGCCUUCUACUCAGCAAGCCACAGUGAGUGCACCCUGCAUCAUCAAUUAGUACUAAAUACUUAAAGUACUUUGGUCUUAACAGAAAACUAGAGAUUAGUGCUAAUUAACAUGUAGAGAAAUCCUGGAGUUUCUGUUUUUUAAACUUAAAACUCAUAACAGUCAUUUACAGUUCAACCUGUACGUGUGUGAUACACGCCAUAUCUUUUUAUAUGCAGUAGCUUUACUUUUUUAUAAUAAAAAUAAUAAUAAAUCAUACAGAUUACAGUUAAAAUCAAUCAGUUUUUUGUUGUUGCCUUGUAAAUAUUAGUCAGUGUCUUGUUUAUGUAGAUGUUUAUUUGUGACAUUUUACACAUGUCUAAAAGACUUGCUGAUCUGAAGAGCCAACAGUGCAAUACCGACUAUAAUCAUGUUCUUAUUAAAUAUGUACGUUGCAGACUUUUAUACUUCUACUUGUGACUUUCAACUUUCAAAUGCUAAAGGUGUCCCAUCACAUUAACUGGUUUUAUUCCUCCUACACACAUAUACGCACACACAUUACUGUAUAUCUUGGUUUUGUUCUUACUUAUUAGAGUGGCUGCUGAAAAUUGAAUUUAUACAUGACCCAAAUAAAUGAUUCGAUAUUCUACAUCAAGAACAUCAACAUCUUUUUAUGAUGUAGGCGUCAGUGGUAAGAUUGACUUGUAAACAGAUUUUACCAAGCAGGAAGUACUGCAGUUCAAUCAAGUCUGUUCAGUCUAAUAGUUACUAUUUCGGACCACCAUGUGGAAUAAAAUUGUUUUACACUUACAGGAUUUAUCAUGUGCAUACUAUAAAUAUUGUAAAAUGUAAUUGUUGCAUUGAGUGUUGCAUUGAAAUAAAGCUUUAAUUGGCCGCAGG